AGCUCUUAAGUGUUAAUAUUGACUCACUGAGUUUAUCAUCUGGCAUCUGGUUCGUUUAUUUUUUGAUAAGCACACAUUCAAAGUCUGAUUGUUUCAAAUUUCUGACGAGGUCACUCCUUUGUCAUCGUUGCGAUGAUAAGUAAGUGAUGCCGAUUAAAUUCCACUCGCAUCAUUGUUAGUAUCAGUCAGAUUUCUCUACUCAUCCAAGACUUUUGAAGCGGAAGAUGCGUGGCGUAUUCUGUUAACACAGAAGGAAGACGUGUCGAAGACUGCCGCACCAGAGAACAAGGUAAGCUGCAUGUACACGAGAAGCAUGUUGCUGCGCUACAUGAGGUAAACAACCACAAUUUUCUCUCUUACUCAGAUGAUUUAGGGCCGUUCGUUGAACCUUGGAGAACAUUCAAUGCUGAAGUUUACAAUGAUUCUGUUUCGGCUACCUUCUUUUAAGCGCACUUCUUAUCCUAGAAUGGGUUUUUAUUCAAACGAACAGAAAGAGGAAAUAAACUCAAGAGGACUUAGCUCGCAAAGUAGGUAGAGUUGAAAGUUGGGGGAGUUCAUGAGACGGAGAAUAUUGGGAAGUCAAUGAGACUCUUGAAAAAUGACAUCGGAGCAAGACAAGUUGGUUAAUUUCUGUUAGUAGAAAGACUUUGGUGGUUACUCCACAGAUGUGUUCAUGUCAACCGGCUUCACGCCUUUUAACCUUGUUGAAACUGUGAAGUGACUUUUACCAUUUCCUCUUUGCAACAACAAGUUAUAAUGAUCAAAGUGAACAACAUUGUUUUGUUUGCUUCUAAGGAGUAGUAAUUUAAUUAAUACACGAACGCAACUAAGGAGAUUUGAAGAGUUGAUAUCAGCGUAGAAAACCGAAGAAUUUCCUAUAACUCUCAUUUAACAGAACUGUAAAACAGAAUAACAUGUCAGCAAAUUUUCCCUGCCUGCCCUCCUUAGUUGGUGUGGUCAAUAAGCAAACGAGAGUAUCACCAGCGCCAACAAAUUUACCGGCGAAGACAAGUUAUGCGUUCCUAAAGAAAAUCGAGAUUCCUGUAAACAUCUGAAUGGUCAAGACUAAUGGACUUGAGGAAUGAGGAACAUGAUCGUAGCGCUAAACUGCUGUUAAAAAUGUUUCUUUCAAUUUGAGAAAUGAACACAUUAGAAUGAGUCAUGUGAUGCGAUCCAAAAGCGCUUGUUUCAUAAAUAAAAAAUGCACCAAGAUUUUUUCAAUACAACCGGAAAAUGAACGAUGUAAAAGGAGUAAACAAGAAGCGAUAAACAUUUUUCUUGUUAAAACAAAAGAAAUUUUUGUUUCAGGCAAAGGUUUCGACGAUGAAGCUUCGGAUUACUCGAUAGGAACUUGAAAGGUGAUCAAAAACUUAAACGUGUUAAUAUAGUCAACCAACUCCUUUUCUGAUAAUGUGAGCCUUUCUUGAAAAGGAUUUCUCUCAAAAACAAAUUAGAGGAAACAGUGUAUAAACGCACUCUAUCAAGCUUUUAGAACGCCGCUUAAAACUUAACCGGUGCAGUUAUGACAAGCAGGCUCUUUCUUACCUCUUGUUUCUUUGAUUUGGGAGAUGUUUGAAUUCAACACCUUAAGUGGUCAUUGGUAUUAAACAACGUUAUAAUCUAAUUCGCUUAUGCUAAGACUUCCAGUGAAUCCAAUUGCUUGCGUGUUUCUUGCAAGAUUGCUUCUUAUCUCUCCUUGAUUAGAAAGCGAUUAACUGAUCAUAUGUUGUCGCCUUUGGAUCAAAGACCAAGGUCUGGAACGGGUAAUUAACGGAAGAAUACUGUACACUGUCUCCUAAAAAAAAAGUUACAGAAACUGCUAUACCGCACAGUCAACUGAAAGAAAUGAUCCUCGCAGCCGGACUGCAAUUGCAGAACGGUGUUGGUUAGAAAUUCAAGUUUCUGUCCCUCAGCCAUGAAUGAAAUCCACUACACAUACAGCAUUUAUUUAUUUUCCCGUCAAAUGGCGUUGCAAAAAUGAUUCUGAUAGACACGGUACAUUGUACAUGAAAGAAAGGGUAGUUAAUUGAUCAGCACAUCUUGCACUUCUGUUGCAUUUAAGUAUUGUUUAUUUAGUAUCAUUGCCAAGUCUGGCCGGAAAAAAGAAAUGUGUUACACAGCCCCGCAUUUUGUUAUCAGACCACGAGCAAAUUCUAUUGCCCCGAGGCUUGGUCGUAUAGAUCCUGAUAAAAUUAUUGGACUUCCUCAGCGAUUCCACGGUCCUUCGUUUUUUUGUCGAUAACUGCGUUGGCGACAGACGAUGUACAGAUAGAGCUGAAAGGUGUAGGGAUCGAUGUUCUAUCUUUUGUUCCCAGGGGGUGAGAAAAGCCAUCAGUGGUUUUUGAAGGAGAAGCAGUAGAUUUUUUGUAAUUUUUUAAGAAAAACAGCUGUGAUAUAAUUAACUCAAAGCUGUUCGUUGUAGUUUCCUUGUUUGUUGGAAAGUCCAGUCCAAGAUUUUCUUCUCCUAAUAAUUUGUCUGUGCUGGGCACCGCACCAACUCAUAAUUGUUGUUUAUUUUUUUUACUUCCCAAAUUACUCUUGUUACCGGAAAUGUCAACGAGAAGUCACGAACAAACUGUCACUAUCGCUUUUAAUCGAAGAAAAUAUGAACAAAAUGCUAAAACCUCAAAAAUGGAUGGAUCAUCUGAAACACAUUUUUGUUCGGCCUGCCAAGAAGAUUUGUUUUUAUUGCGAUUGAUGGGAUUGCAUGAGAGGAUAGUGGUGUUUUAGUGGUUGAUUUUUAAUGGCUAAUUUAUGAAAACCAGAAUUUUGUUCGACAGUCACGCUUGUGAAUAUCAGUGGAAAACUCAUCACGCUUUACCUUAAUUACUGGCGGAAAUGAAUACCUUGUACCGACUUACCUGUUGUUUUCCUUCAGGCUGGCCCUUGAAAUAGACUGAAAUUUUGAAUAAAUAUUGCGAUGUGUUGCAGAGGCAUAUAAAGGAGAUAACACAAACAAAAAUAAAACAAAACAAAAAAAAAAAAAAAAAAAAAGAAUGGCUUAGUGAAAGUGAAGGAUAUUAUGACAGACUUAAAAAAUUUAGGCCGGACUUUUUUUUUCAUUAGGCGCAAUUAACGACUUCUAAUCGAGGGGUUAUCAACAGUUUUUGAAAUUUUAUUAUAGGGGGAUGCAACAUCAAAGAGUGUGAAUGUUUCGGCGACAGCCUAAUUGUUAAAAGACCCUUUAAACAACAUAUCGGUCGAGUUUCCUUCUCUCGUAAAUAGCCGCUGACGUUUUGAAAUCCGAAACGAGCUUUCUUGUCAAGCUGAGCACGUGCGAGACCGCUAUUAAUAAAUCAAGGACCGCUUAUCUUUGAAUGAAAAGGCAACAUCAUUGUCUGGGGAAAGCAACAGCAUUGAUAACUCACUUUUUGCAAUAAAGGAUUUGUUGAAAGGAUGCUGCACAAGAUCGAUUGCUAAUUCAUAACAAAUUUGACAGGAAUGGAAAGGAGAGGAUAAAAGUGGAUUGGAACUUGAAAUUUGGGCUAAAAGAAAUCGUUCACCAUGCACAGACCUUAGCCUAACCCUUCUAAAAGACCAAUUAUCGCUUUCUUGAAUUCAUACGGCUGCAUUCAGUCUAAAUGUUUUGAUUAUGUUUUGUAUGAAGUCUGUUGUAGCCCGUGAACAGUUGUCCUUCUUCCCCAUUUUUUCCCGUGAUGCCUUUUCAUCAGUGAUCUCUCGGGUGAAGCAUGGGAAAACGCAAGUGACCAGUUCACAAUGUUGGUUUUAAAUCUGAUUGGUUUAGAGAAUGGCGCCAGUUUUCCGGACCAAUCACGUAGCGGAGUAGAAAUAAUUCUACUGUUCUGCUGCCGAUUAAUUACUCCGGUCCACACUGAAACAACUUCACGACGCAUUAGCAGAAAGAAGGCAUAAAGAAAAAGUUUGGAAGUUGACGAACCAAGGUAUUUCGUUUAGUGACAGUAAUAAGUAACGUCAUUUAAGCGUGAAUGAAUAAAUUCUUCGAAUUUCGGCUUGAGAUUUGGCGCUUUCUUACUUAACAGACUGCCACGUAGCGCAUUUAGAACUGAGGAAGUUUUAGAGACGAAGAAGAGAAAUUAAGGGAAAUUCAUUUUUCAAAAAUGGAUUCAUGCUGUUAUUGUUUUCAAGAAAACUUAAAAGCGAAUAUUUUCAUUCGUCGUAGUGCACGGACGCUUUGCUUAAUAGACUUAACGGAAUCUUACGCAGCCAUAGCGGCGAAACCUUGGAAGAAAUUCGAUUUAAAUGCUAUGUACAUUUGUAAUGAUGUAGAGAAUUUUGCUAGGGGCGCGAUGUGUUAACUGUGCGUUUAGAACGUUUGGCACACCUCUUAUUAGCGCAUCGUGUAAAGGCGUUGUCGAUUUCUAAAUGGAAUUAAGAGCAAAUGUUUUUGCUGUCGAGGUCUCUUGACUACACAAAGAAAAUAUAGGAAAUUUAUCAUGCAUUAAAAACGCUCGUGCUGUGCUAUUGUUCUGCUCAUUACUUUUAUUGUUUUAUCACGUCCUCGUUGAAAACUUGGGACUUAUGGUCUCAAUGGAAGUUAUAAAUGACACCAAAUAUCCAACGAAACGACCUGGUUACUGUCGCAGAUGUGAAAAGAAAAAUGAGUAAGAUAAUACUAAAAAUAUCACAAUAAAAAAUUUACUCCCUUCUUUGAAAUCAACGAAAUUCUGUCUAGUAUUUUUUGGGGAAGGAAAAAUGAAAGCGGAGUCUGGCUGGUAAAUUAUUCACCCUUUUGGGCCUGUUUGAUCACCUGGAAACCUGCGAGAAAUAUGAAUUUUGACUCGAUGUAGAAAGGUUUUGCCUGGUUCCUGAAAACUCAGACUUGGUUAUUUGACAAUGAGCCACAAAAAUAAACUACUAUCGUAAAAAGAAAAAAAAUAAUAAAAAAUAAAAUAAAAAAAAAGAACGCGUAUACAUUUUGUUUUCAUGAACGUUAUCGGAUGGACAGUGUUCGAGACAGAUGUCGUAAACAAACGUUGAUAUGUAAUAACUUUCAAAUUUUGGUAAAAAAAAAUCUUGUUUGCCGUUUCGUAACCAGUAUCGUAUUUACGAUAGUGGAGAGAGAGCUUAACCAGUUUUAUUUCAGCCAAAAUAUUUACAUUCAGGUGAUAUUCUUCAACAUGAAUAAACAUUUAGAUCAUUGCUUUGCUCGGAGCGUUCUAUUUUUAGUUCUUUUUGUCACCAAGAGUUAGCAGGAAUGUUUUCCCGGCACUUUCAUACGGUAGACCGUUUAAAACUCACAGUCUUUGCCAGAAUGGUAUACACCUUUUAGCUUUAUAUUUGAUAUGAGCAAGUAGCUGUUAUCAGUAGACCGUGUAGAAACUCACAGUCUUUGCCAAAAUGGUAUACACCUUUAGGCUUUAUAUUACAUAUGGGCAAGUAGCUGUUAAGAUAAUAUUAUUAGACUCACAGUCUUUGCCAAAAUGGUGUACACCUUUAAGCUUAAUAUUAUAUAUGACCGCUCCAGUAUCUUAGUAAAAUUGCAGUCAGACCAGAAUUGAAGCCAACAAAAUGUAUGUAUUCGGCCAUUACAUGCGCAUGAAAUUGCCUAAUUAUCUUUACACAGCUGAAAUUAUUUUACCGGAAAGACAUUAUUCGAAACUACACUAAUCUCUGGAUAAAAGAUUCGAGCGCUUGAGAUUUUUGUCGUAACUCUGCAUCUUGAACACGACUGAAAACAUUGUAAGUAUUUAUCUAUUUUUUAUUAUUUUUCUUGAGAAACAAAAACCUGUAAAUCCACAGUUAGUGCCAGGAUACUAUAUCGAGGGCGUUUUGCGUGGUUCAAUUUGUUUUCCUGUAUUCUGUAGACAUGUCGGUUUUUAGGAAGUUUCUUAGGGUUUCGGAGCCGCUCAAAAGUCUCGUUUUUUUCCCUGUUUCACAAUAAACUCCUUAAUUGAAUCGACUGUUUCAUAAAUAAAUUGUUUCGCAUAUCAGCCACUGAGGCACGAAAAAAACAAUAGGAUGUGAGAAAACAUAUCUCUGUAAAUAGAAAAAAAAACAACAACAACAUGAAUAUCUAAAUCUCAAUGCUAUGUUAUCUCUAUUUUUCCGAGAUGAUCUUUUAUUUUUGGCAAAGAUUGGUUUGUGGUUAGAUCAAAUUGCCAAUGCUUUCUUAAAAUCGAAUCAAGGCCAAAAUAUUCACUCCACGACCGUUUUACACACUAACAAAAGAGGGACCAUAAAAUUUAUGUUUCACUCUUUGCCAUGAAUUCUGAAUAAAAUGAAAAAUUACUUAAUGCGCAUCAGUAAUAGGACGCAGGCAACCCAAAUGACCAAAAAUAUUUCGUGAGCUCUGUUUUAUAUUUAACGAACACUAAUCAAUAUUCAAGUUGGAAACUCUUUAUCAUUUGAAUGACAUAAAUGAAACUGAGGGUUCCUCAAAAUUAAUUGUCUUUGUUGGAGGAUUCUUUAGGAAUUUGAUCAAAUUCAUAUCUUAAAAAAAAAUCGGGAAAAAAUCGGGAAAAAAAUUUGCCAACGUCAUAUCAGCCCAAGUGUGAUGUUUUAGUUAUAGAGAAGAAGAAGAAAAAAUAUUCAAUUUAGACAGUCUCGAAGACCUGCUGAUAUUGCCAUGAUAUUGGAGGCAUCCUGUCUCUCCUUGGAUAAUUGAAAUAGUUGUGUUAAAUGAAGAAAAACAACAACUAAAACGACACCAAAACGACGCCAAACUUAAGUCUCAGAGGAAGUCACGCUGAGUUACAUAUUCUAACUCUUGUUCUGGUGUUGCCACGGAGUAAAAAGCUGUUGAAAUGAUAUCACUUUCGUCUAGUGUUUUUGACUAAGAAGCCUGGGAAAAUUAGGCAAUCGCAAUAGUAAUGAAAUGAUAAUAACUCCACAUUUAUGUGGCGCUGUUUAUGUCAUCAGAUCAAGAGCGCUUCACAAUAAUUCUACAUAAUUCUAUUCUGAAAGUGAUAGAGUGUUUCCCACGGAAAGCAAAAAAAAUGUAUGAGUUGACAUUUUCAAUCUUAAAAUAUAAUCUAAUAUACCAUGACUAAUGUAGAUAUAUAUGUGCCACAAAUGAAUAAGGUCAAUUCCAUUCAGAAGCUUAUCUGAACAGAUGUGUUUUAACAGACGUCUUUAAACUACAGAAGCUGAGACAAAUGUAAUUUGGGAGGGAGAACUCAACUGGGGAACUGUUGCCUCGAAGGAGUGCUUCCCCAUCCGCCUAUGAUUGUAGAGACGACUUCACGAAAAGCCCAUUGAUUUUUAUUAAAAAGAUCUAGAAGCCCUUGUAUCGUACCAAGUUCCCAUUCCCUCCUUCAAUGAUGCUUUCUUUCGAUGUUGUUUUGUGUGGUUUUUUCUUCGGGUAACUUAUUUGAAUAACAAAUAAACAACAAAAUUGACCAAGGAGGAGAAAGAGGGGUUUUUUCUUAUUAUUUAUGCCAGGUUGUAAAAUUUGAGAAGUGAAGUUUCCAUGUGUGUGUGCAUAAGCUCUACUCGCCAGGUUUUGUUUGUGAUCAUAAACUAACUACUAAAAUGAUAUUCUCUGGCUGUACAACUCUUCAUAACCCUUGGAGUUUUUUUUACUUAAUGGUUGUGAACCACAAGAUCAGUCGACUGCUCACAGUAGGGAAUUUUUUAGGUCGAUCACAAUGAUAAUCGACGUUUGUCUUGAUGUUUGUCUCCGACUUAAGGAAGUAGAAGCAAUCGGCGAGUUGGCGUUAAUUCGCGCAUCAAGCCAAACUAUGGUAAAUUGCUCGUGUUUAUUUUCAGUCGUUAUAAAAACAUAAUUAUAGUUGAGUCGCGUAAGUAAACGAGGCUCAGACCAUUGAAUAGCCGUGAAUUUGAAUUUGAAAGGUGCCGGCCGCUAAUGAGCUGGAUAGUACGAAUUUAAAAUGACCAUCCAAGCGAUUCGGUUAAUGCGUUUCUUUAUUACGCGCGUAAGGCCGACCACGGUGUUUACACAAAUUGUUACAAAUACGCCAUUUGCGUUUACAUUCGGCACUUUUGAAUCACUUGCAGAAAAAAAAAAAAAGGGAAUGAAAACGUGCUCUUUUGCCAAUAGAGAAGUGAGAGGAAUAUCUUUGGAAAGUGGCGUAAUUAAUUAAGUGCUUUGCUGGAAAGGAUAUAAUUUUUUUUUCCAAGGACCAUUAGUGGAUUCCCUCGAUUCAUGGUGAGUUGCCGUCGGUUUUGGAUUCAUCUAUUCAUUAGAAGGUUUAAAAAUUUAUGUAGAAUGUCUGCUUUUUCAGGUCGCGUGGAGACUCUAAUUCACAACUUAAAAAUUUGUCCGCUGAUUGUUUUCCUCAACUGCGACCAUAACACCAUAUUUCCAGUUAAAUAUUCAAUUCUCAUAAAUUUCCAUUCGCAUUUAAAGCUCCAUUAACUCAACUAUUAAAUUCAGGGUCUUAGUCGUAUGAACUGCGACCUAAUAAGUGCUACAAUUCUGCAAAUGAAAAAAUAUAAGAUUAAUUUUUUUUUCGUGAGAGAUCCACCAUUAUUAUAACGCAAAUUUCGCUUUUUUUUACCUUAUUGAAAGCGACGCAAAAAAACAAAAAAAACAAAAAUGGUUGUGUAUUUCGUCCUCUUGAAAUCUUCUUGAAGUGUUUACGAAGGAUUAUGUCGCUUUUCUUCAAACAAAAAACUUCUGAUGGAGAGCACUUUAGCAUGCGAAGGAUAAUUAAAAAGAGAUAUAAUCUUACACCCCGUAGAUAUACGCGCUGAAAUUUUGUUUUCCUUAGAAAGGUUGUUUUAUAGUUACCAAUAUGCGACCAUUUAAUUAAGCUUCCUGCUCCUGUAAUUGAGGUUUCGUCACACUGAUGUGUCGGCCUGUUAUCAUUACAUGUUUUACUUCUUGAAACGUGCAGGCAAGAGAGUCUUUAACAAACAUCUUUGUUGAAUGUUUAUGAAUGACCAUCUGCUUCUACCUGAUGAUCCAUUAACAUCUUUCUAGUGGCUGCUAUAAAGGGGACGCUUCUUGAUUAUCGACCCCUUUGGCAAGUUUCCUGAGCGACUAUUCUUUUGAAAAGGAAGUUGAUGUAGCGAACGAAAGUGGUACGGUUUAUUCGUUUCCAAGACGAACCGUAAGUUUGAUGUUUUGUCGUGCAUUAAUAAAAUCUUUCGUUUUAGUUGUUUUGGGUCUGAAAAGGUUACCUUGUUGCUCCUUUUUCAGUAUUUUCAGUGUAAAUGAACGAACAUUCUUUUGUUUAUUGUUCAUGUUCUGAGAGUAAAUGGAGUUUACUUACCCUUCACAAGCUAAAAUUUGCUUCUAAAAUUAAUUCUUCCGCUUCAAGCUCGAUUAACACGCACCCGAGACAGGUUACAACAAAUAUGUACCUUUCAUUGCUUUUUAGCGAUUCAGGUUACACCAGAAUCUCUUGAUUUGUAGUUAAACAUGGCUUUCUUUGUUAUUUUCUUAAUUAAAAGUGAAAAAGGACGCGCUUCGUAUUGAAAAUAACAGCACGACAACACAGUUUCAUACAAGGAAAGAGCAGCAUGGCGAUUAGCUUACAUGCUUCUGACCUAUCAGGCCGCCAUGUUUUUGGAAUAUUUUUCACGCUGUAUACCUGAGUUGGAUUGUACGACUAAAAAGCGACCAUUUCAAGAUUCGUUUUUUUUUAUCUUUGCGCUUGUUUCUUUUUUAUUGGCAAAGAUCUCCCUUAACAUUAGUUUCAUAUUUAUCUCCAAAACUCAAGUUCGUAUUAGCAAAAUGGGGAGGCCAUUUUUUGACCUCACGUUGCUCGAUAAUCGAUAAUUUUUUCGAUGUGUUCGUUGCUCAACGUAUUUCUGACAAUCUCUACGCGCAAAGAGGUAACUUUCUGGUGAAGAUUAAUUAUAAAGCGGAUGAAACUGUGUACAUAUUUUAAUUAUUUAUAAUCAUCACUGCUAGAAAGUGGCUAAACAAAGUUUGCGUCGUUCUAAUUUUCAUCUUCUUUUUUGUCAAAAGAGUAGUUUUCUUUUGUAAGCUUGCCUGAUUUAAGUCGGCAUCGGUGUUUAUAAAAAUGUUAAGAUAUGCUGAACGUGUAAAACUAGUUUCGAAGAAAAAAAACCAACCUCAGCUCCGACUCAUUACCAUAUUUGGAAACUGGUUGAAAAUCUUCUGAUGCGAGCCCCAAAUUAAACCACAAUGUUGACACUCUUUAAUCAGUCGCAUUAUGUGCUUCUCUGAACCGUAAAUUAAAGUUGAAAUGUAGUUCUUAAUUUGUAAUUAAAAAAGACAAGAUUAUUUUAAUAGAAUCUAGCGAUAUCUUUACCUGUGUUACUUGUCAGUAUGUGUGAAAAGGACCGAACCACAAAAGACAAAGCUGAUUACUACAUGUUACAAGGUGUGUCCAGCCUCGGAAAUCUUAAAGGCUGUUACGUAUUUACAUGCGCAGAGAUUUCUGUCAUGUAGAGCGGCAUUUGAAAAAGCUGUGGUGUACAGUAACCCGUAUUACCCUAAGGUAUAGUACACAAAUGUAAAGAGAUUAACCAUCGAGGGUGCAAAGAUUAACAAACGUACAAAGCAAUUCCUGUUCGUUUAUUUCACACUUUCGCAAAAUUACUGUUACAAAAUUACUGUUACAGAAAUCACUUCAGAAUCGUAUGAAAAUACUUGCCUUUUAAUUUAGACCUGUUACUUUUCAUCUUUUGUCCAUGAUUUCGCUUUUGUCGCCUACAAUAUUUUUACCGGCAUGAUCUUUCGCGCAUCCUGUUUCUUGAUGCGUUUUAACAAUCUCACUGUAGUCGGUUUGCCAAGCAAUUAAGCGCGGGUGUUUUGCCUCUAAAAAAUUUUAUUAUAUUUACUAUUUUUCAAGAAAUGUUUCCCCUUUGUGCAAUUUUUCUUUGUCGCCGUGAUGAAAAGGCUGGGAAAAGCAGAUUAAUUCACCAUUUCGGAGCGUAAACAAUCAUUGUGUACUGAGCUAAAUAAUACGAAUAAAUGUAUGGGUUUUGUCUAGGUUUUUCAUAAAUUUAUACGUCAAAGCAAAUAAUCAUUUAUUUAUUAAGGGUUUGAACUGAAGGUCUCCGUUUGUCGUUCGCGUAUAACCAAUGAUAUUGAAGCCAAGCUCCCUUGCUUGCAUGAGACGCUGUGGGAUAUCACUCGAACAAUAAGAUAAGAAGUUCUAGAUUCAAUUUUAAUUAAGUUUUUUUUUACUAGAUUCUUAUAAUUGAAUCAGAUUUGAUUCUAACAAUCGCAAUCGAAGCUCUCUGCUAAUGGUUCUUAGGAAUUUGUUUAACGAUAGUGGAGUAAAAAAGGGAACAGGCCGACGGAGGCGUAAGUAGAAAUGUUUGGCUGUUUUUAUUUUAAAAAUACUUUAGAAUUAAUUCCGUGCAUUAUCUAUGCGAAAGAAACAGCCUUAUCUCCUAAUGAGGAAACACCGCAAAACUUAUGUACCUUUGGAGUAAGUGAAAAAAAAAAAAAACUGGACCUGUCGGGGCACUAUUUUACGUCAGACUGCAUAGAAUUAAACUGAUCAUCUUUUUUUAUGUGAAGACAAAACAAAAAUUUGGUACUCUCGGUAUGAAUUGAUUAACGGUGUUUGAAAUAUAGGUUACAAUUUUUUAGGACUAUCUGUUUAUUACCCAAGCUUAUCAACCACAAUCCAUCGUAGCCUAUAUCAAUCUCUUAAAGCGUGAAAGAGAGAGACUGAUCGUAUCUAAGUCUGUCCAUGAAGACGCCCAAAGUUUCGUUUCGUGAAGUGUCGGCGUGAAUUUAUUAGCGCAUGGUUAAGAAAAAUAAUUUUCAGUUCUUUGGUUCCAUCCGUUCGGUCAAUCUUGCUUAUCAAAUUACAGUACAUCGCAAAUCUCAAGAAAAAUCUUCGUAAAAAUACCCCAUUAUCGCCACCUUUCAAGGAAAGAUUGAUUGAGGUGAUUCGGAAAAAGAAUUACUUCUAUUUUUGGGUUCCAUGCAUCUUUCCCUUCAUUUUUGCUUAUCAAGUCAAAGUACAUCGUAAAGCGAGCUAUCUUUUAAUGCACAGAAUGAUUUUUAUUAUCAACUGCGGAACGGCAAAGAGAUUCAGAUUAAUAUGAAAAAGGUGCCACAAAUAGAUUUCGCAAAAGAGAUAUCUUACAGGAUAAUUUCCGUCUUUAAAUCAUUGAUUAUGGUUUCUGAGCUAUUGUUGGUAAUGCUAUUAAUAAAGUUUGCAUAAAAGCUACUGGAUUUACUUUAAUCCUGUCAAAGUAUUUGCGUUUGUGAUUUCUGUCAUUAAUUGCGUGCACCGAGUUUCAAUUUUUCAUAAAUUCGUCUGCGUUUCGUUUGAGCCGACUCUUUUUCACGACUCAAGAUUCAACACUAAUCGUAUUUGAAGUCAAGAGCCAAAAAUAAUUUAACCCGCUGCAAAGGUUGGUUAUGUUCAUAUCAUAGAUUUUCGUGCGCAGCCUGGAUAGGGGAGAAUCACAGUAAUCAUUAGAAGAUAACACGCUUUCUUUAGCAAGCUAAAGCAGUAUGUCGAUCAUGCCAUAAAUAUUUGUCAAGGAUCUUAUCUUCGGUGUUUCCGAUCAGGAUGAAUUUUGUAGACCGAUUCGACGUAAAAGCCCAUACACCUCCGCCAGUUUUAGGCGUCAUUCAUGUGGGGAGAAGAUUACGGAACACAUAAGGACGUUUGAAACCAAUUUUUCAAAUGAAGCGGAUGUACUGCAAGAGCUGCAAAUGGCAAAGUUUUGUCGAAUUUUCUGCACGUUAUGAUGCCACAAACAACUUUUGUAAGCCACUUCAGCUUUCAUUUAGCAAGAGUGCUUUGAUUUUGCUUUGCGUGUAUCAAGUAAUUUAUCAUCUUCUUGCGAUCAUCAAGUAAUUUAUCAUCUUCUUGCGAUCAUCAAGUAAUAUUCAACGAUCGGUAACCACUGAUUGAUAAAAUCAAUUUCUUUGAAGUACAGUUUUUGAACAGUCUUAUCUUUUAACUGCUUGAAUUAAAAGCCUCGCAGCUUGACUUACCUGUUGACUCCUACUGAGAGUGCGGAAUCUAGAGAAAAGCGAGCUGAUGCAGAUCAGUUUGGAGAAGGAAAAGAUUUCAACACUGAGUGAGUCAGAUUCGAAGUUCAAACUCUUUUUUAUUUUGUCGCUAUUGUAUUAUUGUGAUGUCCUUUUGUUCCCUCGCAAAUUCAUAUUAAAUCAAAUUCCUCCUGUUUGUAGUCUGGCUUCAAAGACACAUCGUCUGUUCAGUUUACAUAAGCUCUGUGUUAUGCCCGUCAAAAUGGAAAAAGUUAAGAGCCCAAAUGUCAACAUUCAAAGUUUACUUUUCGCCGCACAGACCUAAAAGCAAUCUGACAUCGAUGUUUGAAAUGAGAACAUAUUAUGCAGGAAGGGUUUGCCAAAUUCACCUAACACCUAAGUGUACGAGCACGGUGAAAGCAUUCAAGUGUGAGAAAAUAGGAUACUGGGGUCGGAAAAGAAAACAAACAGUGCCUUUACAUUUUAGAUAUUUACCAAGGUUCAUCAUAACAGACUUGUCUUUACUGGAGUAAAUAUCUGUCUGACAGAGAUCAUGUUUAGUCUUUGAUUUUGCAUUGCUGGGACCUCGUUUGAAGAACAAGGAUGUCUUUUUGAUUUUUCAGAGAUGAAAAUUUUCAACUAAUUCAUAAUAAAGAGAGAUUCGAACAGACUUCUUAUUAUAGUAUUUCUCGCCUGAACCACUGUAAUAAGGUUGAAUUCACAAACAAGUGUGAUAGGAAAGUAAAUUGGUUUCUAAGCCUAUUCAUCUCGACAAUAAGAUUUCAUCUCUAUGCAAUUUUUGAUAGAAUUAUCAUAUUAGAUUGAUCUUUACCCUUUAUUGCUGCGAGCGUUUAAAAUUAAAAAGCCUUUUAAAUCUCGUUGUUCCACCAAAAGCUUAAUGUGAAUGUUUUCUGUCCCUUUAUUGAUAGCCAUGGAGUGUUGACCUUAAUUGAUUUAGCAGUUUAAAAUCAGUAAUCAAAGAAAAGGUGUAAAUUAGCUUUUAAAGUAUUUUGAGCCUUUGGGGUUUCCGGAAACCAAUUAUUACCUAAGCUACGAAAGCGCUUGUUGACCUCGAAGUUAUUUCCAUAGCUGAUCAAAACAGACAUUAUCUCGUUGCAGGCUGAGCUUGUUCAAAGAUAGAGAAUGAGUAAAAUGUCUUUGAGCAUCUGGAGACUUUACUGAACACAGUACGUUGAGGAAGUUGGUCCAUUUUUCUAAGUUCCUUUCAUUAUCAAUGUUUGUAUUUAUUCAGUUAUGCAGAUGAGGUUGACGUUUAGCUUUUGUUUCGCUUCUUGUUCACACAGGCGCAUCAAAGGCACCGGUGGUUGGUAUUCAACAUGUCUGAGGCAGGAAAUAUCACAAGUGCUCCCCCUACUGGCAUAAAUCCUACACCGAAUAGCAUCGUUGCAGCUGUUUUCGUCGGUAUAUUGAUCUUGGUGACUCUAUUUGGAAAUGUUCUCGUCUGUAUCAGUUUCUACACUUUUCCCAACCUCAGGACGAUCUGUAACUAUUUUAUUGUUAGUUUAAGUGUGGCAGAUAUUUUGGUUGCUCUGCUUGCUAUGCCGUUUUGGCUCAUUGUUCAGCUUAACAAUACACUGUGGCCAUGGCCUCGGUUGCAAGAGGGGCUGUAUUCCUUCUGGAGCUUCAUCGAUAUUUUCUGUGGUACAGCCUCCAUUAUGAAUCUUACAGCGGUCAGUAUCGAUCGAAUGUUGGCAAUCGUGACACCUUUUAAGUAUCCAAAGAUAUUAACUACGAAGAGGGUCUUAAUUAUCCUCGCACUGGUUUGGUUGUACUCAACGACCAUCGCAUGUCUACGACUGGCCAAUUGGCAAAGCUACGGCCUUUUUGUGGCCUUUGCAAGUUUCUUUCUUCCCUUGUCACUUGUAAUCGUGAUGUACACUGUCAUCUUUAUUGUUGUCAAAAUCCAAGUGCACAGAAUCGGAUCAGCUGGAGGGAAAGAACACGCUAACGAGAUGAAGGCAGCAAAGACCAUCUUAGUUGUCAUUGGCGCUUUCGUCGUUUGCUGGCUUCCAUUUUUCGUUAUUGUGGUAGGCCAUUCAACAGACAAAAACUUUACUUACCCCAUGGAAGUUUACAACAUGUUCAAGUGGAUGGAAUACUUAAAUUCGUGUUUGAACCCUGUGAUAUACACUUGUAUGAACCGCACAUACAGGCGAGCAUUCAAGCGACUCUUUAAUCGGGUUUAUCUUGAGCAAACUGUAGGGAACAGCCGACGGGGUUCCUCUGUCAGUAUGUACCUCAGUAGACGAGGAUCUGCUAUCGGUGGCUACAUGAGCCAACGUAAGCAUCGUGGAUCUAUCGCCCAUACUGCUGUACCCAACAUGGAGGCGAUCGAAAGUGAAAGUUAAUGGCAUAAUUUUUUCUUGGUCUCUUGGUCUUAACGGUGGAAAGAUGAACUACGUGUAAAUAUUUCCGAAAAAAAAUUCAGCAGUAGCGCUUGUCAUGAAAAAAUUUCUUGUGUUAAAUUUAGCCAUAGUUAACUUCUUCUGUAAACAAACCUCUUCAAAUAUUAACUACCAAAUGGAGUCGCAACAUUUGAGAGAAAUUAGCUUUAUUCGACGAAAGUGAAAAAUAAUUAAGUGGGAAAUUGCAUAAUGACCACCACGUUCACAAAUUUGUAUACGGUGCAGACUCCAAAAGGCUGUAGUUGUAAGCAGAAGACCACGAACAAUGCUAAACGCGCGAACAAUUGGACUUUGUUUACGAAUACGAAAGAAAAGAAAAGAGUUACUGCUCUGGCUACCAUAAGGAAUGUGACAACUAGAGCUUCCAAAAUUUAAGAUGGAAUCUACGAUAUAAUGUGACAGUAGAAGGAUAGGAUAGAAGUCUUGUGGGUAAAUUAGAACAUAGUUGUUGACCAUAGUCGCAGAAUUCUCUUAAAUUAAUUUUGUAGAUAUGUGAGGUUAUUACACCUCCUCCUACUCCUCCCAUCCACAAUCACAGAUUUUCCGUGUAAAAGCGAGCUAAACUUGGGUCGGCC